AUGAUAACUAACUUCCGGGUUAAAGUUUUGCAAACAUGAAAGUAGAGAUACUGCCAGAUAACUGCUUAACUAUUUAAAAAAAGAAGGUGCACGGGAGAGAAAUUAGAACAUAAAGAUUGUUUAGAAGUUUUGUGUUACAGUUUACUCUCUCAGUAUUGUUAAGCAGAGCUUUGGAUAAUGCACCAACACUAAAAUGUCUGGUGAAAUUGCUCAGUCAAAUGAGUAUCAAAGUUUCCGUAGUUCUGUGUCACAGAGAAAGUUUGUUGUUGAUGAAGAUGAGUCAAAGGAAUGGAAGGUGUAUGACGCUGGUCCCCGGUCAGUUAAAUGUCCGUUAAUUUGUUUUCCUCCUGCCAGUGGUACAGCUGAUGUGUUCUUUAGACAGAUAUUGGCUCUCACUGCUGUAGGGUAUAGAGUUAUUUCUGUUGAAUAUCCAACAUAUUGGAAAAUUGUUGAAUUCUGUGAAGGAUUUAGAAGACUAAUAGACCAUUUACAAUUAGAUAAAGUACAUUUAUUUGGGGCAUCAUUAGGGGGAUUUUUAGCACAGAAGUUUGCUGAAUAUACAUACAGAUCACCUAGAGUAGCAUCACUUAUAUUAUGCAAUUCAUUUUACGACACAACAAUAUUUAACCAAACUAAUUCUGCGCCAACAUUUUGGAUGAUGCCAUCAUUAGUACUUAAGAAAAUGGUGAUGGGAAACUUUGAUAAGGGACCAGUAGAUCCAAGUAUCUGUGAUUCAAUAGAUUUUUUAGUAGAAAAGUUGGAUGGAUUAACUCAAGCUGAGCUAGCAUCAAGACUUACACUAAAUUGUAUGAAUUGUUAUGUAGAACCACAAAAAAUUCAACAGAUACCUAUUACUAUUUUGGAUGUAUUUGAUGAUUGUGCUUUAUCUCAUUCUGUGAGAGAGGAACUAUAUAAAUGUUAUCCUGAAGCUAAACGUGCACAUUUAAAAUCAGGAGGUAACUUUCCAUAUCUCAGUAGAUGUGAUGAAGUUGAUAUUUUCAUUAAGAUUCAUCUCCAACCAUUUGACAACAAAAAAUACAGUGCCAAAGAAUAUGUAAAGCGGGAAACUGUUGUCAGGCUGUCUCCUGGAAAAAAAAAGAUGGCAGAGAAGUCUGAUGGAUGUUGUUGCACCAGAAAAAGAAGAAUGAGAGUCGCUCCUACAGAGGAGGGUUUAUCAGAACUUAUAGAAGUCAGACCUCAUAGACACAUACGAAUAAAACAUGUCAAUCCAAGACCUAGGGAAGAAGUUUUUCAGACAGAAUUGAAAGUAUACCUUGAUAAUUUAAAAAUUGCAUUAACAACUCCAAGAGUUGUAACUGUGCCAAGAUUAAAUGCUAAUAGGAAUAUUGAAUUGUCAAAAGAUAUGAACAGUAGAAGGUCUGAAACAAAUCAUCAUACUGAACAGUUACCAAACAUGACAACACAUUCUAAUAAUAAUAGCAAUGGUACCUGUAUAUCAAAUGAAUUAUCUGUGAAUAAUGUCAAUGUAAAUGCUGAAGAACUGACACCUGGAAAGAGACCAUUAAGUAAUAAAGAAACUUCAGAUCUCCAUAGUGAGUCACGUGCAUCAGUUUUAUCUCAUGGAGAGAGAAGUGUAAUGUCUUCUUCAGGUAUUCAUGUUUCCAUGGAUACAAACAAACAAAAACUGGAGAAACCAUCAACAGCACAUAGUGUGAUUGCUGAAACUGAGGAACCAUUAAGUUCAAGGUCAAGCCAUAGUAUAGCUAUGCAUAAUGGAUUACCACUGUCACUUUAUAGCCCUCGUCGUCAAAGUAGUCAUAAUGUUCAUAAAGACAAAUCUACUGCUAAUAUUCCAAAAUCCUUUAUGUCUCCAAGAAAAUCAAAUGUUUCAAGAACUCAUGAGGAGCAUAUAAAUUAUAAUGUUGCUAAACCAGUAAAAGACAAAGAAUUAGUGAUAUUUUUCAUACAUGGAGUUGGUGGGUCAUCAGAUAUAUGGAACGCACAGCUCAAUUAUUUUGAAAAGUUGAACUGUGAAAUAAUAUCUCUUGAUUUAAUAGGUCAUGGUCUUAGUGAUGCUCCUGAUAAAAAGUCUGCUUAUACAUUUGAUCAGAUUCUCAUCGACAUAACUGAAAUCUUUGAUAAAUUCUGUAAAAGGAGGAAUGUAGUUGUUGCACAUUCAUACGGUUGUGCAUUUGCAUCAGUCAUUGCAAGAGAAAGAAGGAAAUGGGUAUCCAAGUUAGUUCUUGUAAGUGGUGGAGGGCCAACUCCAUUAGCUCCUCAGCCUGGUGUCUUCUCAUUGCCUUUAUGCCUACUUGCCUGUUGUAGACCCUGCCUAAAUAGGGGAUUUCAGAGAGGUGCAUUUCAUCCAAGGUUCAAGAAAUCAUCUGACCGAGAGAAAGCAUUUGAUGUGCCAACCUAUGUCCUUAGUUAUGUAAUGAAUGGACAACACUGGCCUGAUGGAGAUGAUUUAUACCAUAGCUGGAUUAAUGUUCCAACAUUACUGGUAUAUGGACAACAAGAUGGACUGGUAGACAAAGAAGAGGAAGAAGAAAUGACAAAGACAAUUUACGACUCUCACUUAGAGGUUGUAGAAGAUGCAGGACAUAUGGUUAUGAUGGAAGCUCCUGGCAAGUUUAACCAGCUUCUAUAUAACUUCAUCACAGAUCAGCCACUAUCGACCUCAGCUAUAGAACCUGAUACACACAGAAUAGAUACAGAUGAUGAUAGACACAUGGCUAGAAGUCAAGUCUCACUACAUUCUAUACGAUCAUCUAAAUCUAUGCCUCAUGGAUUAUUAUCAAGUUCUCUUAAUUUAUAAUAUUUUUUAUUAUUUACAUUUCUUACUUUUAUAUCAAGUUUUACAGUGAGGAGGAUGACACAGGGAUGCUCAUUUCCCCAAACCUGGUUUUUUUGUAAUUAUUUCCCACUUCCCACUUUUUCCCCAGAUUCUACUUAUUUUCAACUAUAUCCCACAUCCCCACCUUUUUUACCCCUAUAUCCCACAUCUCUACUUAUUUUUACCUCCUAUUUCCCACAUCCCACUUAUUUUUAUGCCCCACCUAGGGGCAUUAUGUUUUUCUGUCUGUGCAUCCGUCCGUCUGUCCCGCUUCAGGUUAAAGUUUUUGGUCAAGGUAGUUUUUGAUGAAGUUGAAGUCCAAUCAACUUGAAACUCUGUACACAUGUUCUCUAUGAUAUGAUCUUUCUAAUUUUAAUGCCAAAUUAGAGUUUUGACCCCAAUUUCACAGUCCACUGAACAAAGAAAAUGAUAGUGCGAGUUGGGCAACCGUCUUAUGGACACAUUCUUGUUACUCCCUAUAUCCCACAUUCCUAUUUUUUUUAUGCCCCCGCCGUAGCGGAGGGGGCAUUAAGUUUUACCCUUGUCCGUCUAUACGUACGUACGUACGUACGUACCUACGUCCGUCCGUACGUCCCGAAAUUGGUUUCCGUUCUCUAACUUAAGUUUGCCUCAACCAAUUGUUAUGAAACUUAUACACAAUGCUCAUUACCACAAAACACAGAUCAAGUUUGAAUUUUGGUGGCGUCACUUUAACCGAUCUAGAGUUAUGCCCCUUUAUAAAAGGAAAAAUUGGAAAAUUUUUAGUUUCCGUUCUCUAACUUAAGAUUGCCUCAACCAAAUGUUAUGAAACUGAUUCACAAUGCUUAUUACCACAAAACACAGAUCAAGUUUGAAUUUUGGUGGCAUCACUUUAACUGUUCUAGAGUUAUGUCUCUUUAUAAAUAGAAAAAUUGCAAAAUAUUUAUUUUCUUCUAAAUAUCAAGUUUAUAAUAUAUUUUAAAAUUGGAGUUAUCUUCCUUUGACCAUGAUUAUAGUUGAAUCAACUACAAACAAUGCUUUAUACAAUGCAAUGUUUAAUUUUGACUUCCACUGAUAAAACACAGAUCAAGUUGAAUUUGGGUAGUGUCACUUUAACCAUUAUUGAGUUAUGCCCCUUUAUAAAUUGAAAGAUUGCAAAAUUUUUAGUUUCCAUUCUGUAACUGAAGUUAUCCCCAGCCAAACAUUAUGAAACCUAUACACAAUAUUCAUUACCACAAAAUUCAGUUAAGAUCAAGUACAAUUUUUUUGUUUCCGUUCUCUAACUUGAGUUUGCCUCAACCAAAUGUUAUGAAACUUAUACACAAUGCUUAUUACUACAUAAUACAGAUUAAGUACGAAAUUAAGUGGCAACACUUUUACCAUUCUUGAGUUAUGUCCCUUUAUAAACAUAAAAAUUGCUGAAUUUUUUAGUUUGUCUCAACUAAAUGUUGUAAAACUUAUACACAACCGUUCUAGAGUUAUGCAUGUUUACAAAUAGAAAAAUUGCUGAAUUUUUAGUUUCUUUUCUCUACUUAAGUUAGCCUCAACCAAAUGUUAUGAGACUUACACACAAUGCUUAUUACCACAAAACUCAGAUCAAGUUCAAAUUUGGGUAGCGUCACUUUUAAUGUUCUUCAGUUAUGUCCCUUUAUAACUAUAUGAUAUGCAAGCGGGGGCAUCAUCUGUGUCCACGUGUGGACACUAUCCACAUUUAUUACCUCCUAUAUCCCACAUUUCCACAUAUUUUAUCCCCUUUAUCCCACAUCCCAAAAUCAUGUCAUCCAUAUCUACAGGUUUUUUAGUCGUAUCAUGACAUAAAUGAAGAAGUUUGAUUGAGUAAAGCUGCUGUUAAUUUUUUUUUAAUGGUUGUAAUUAUAUCACAAUGUUAAUUUUAGUCUACAGACUACCUUGCAAGAUUUAUAUAGUGUGAUUCUCUACAAUAAUAACACUUCAAAAUCACCCCUCUUUGAUUAGUACUACAAGAGUUGUAAUUCUUGGAAGUACUCUAUCUCAGUCAAUAGAAUUAUGUAUUGCCUUUUUUCAAUUAAUUUCUGUGGCUCAGGAAAAAAUAUUUUUAAAAAGUAUUGAGAAAUUGCACAAAAAUUCUGAGAGUCAGGACUUAGAAAUGAUUUUUGAAAAAUGAAAUAGGUAAAAUGUUUUAAAAAUUAUGUUUAUGUUCAAAAGGGAGAUAAUUUGUAUAAAACUUUUGGAAUGAAACAUACAAUGCACUUUAUUAUUGAGAGCCCUUUUAAAAUUUUUGAAUGAAGAUUAAUGAUAUGACCCGUAUUCCUAUCAGAGUUAAUAGCUACAUGUAGUUCACAAAUAGGUUUGUGGAAAUACAUUUAACUACCACUAAUCUAAAUAUGUUUUUGAAUUAAAAUAAACCUGAAUAAAAUGUAAUCUUCAUUUUAUCAUUCAAUGUGAAAUUUGUAAAACAAGGGUAGUCUCUUUUACCCAUUUCAUUUUGAAGUGCCUUUCAAAAAGAUUUUCUUAUACUAAAUUUAAAUAUAUACCUUAAUUAUUCUUUUUAAUAAUAAUUAGAAAUAAAUUUUUAAACAUUUAUAAAGGGAGUGUAUACCCAGAUAAAUGAUAGAGAGUUAAAUGCUUUUUCAUCAGAAGCAAACCAUGAAAGAUUUCAUGAUAUGUAACAUUAUUUUAAAUGCUUAAAAGAGUAGAAAAAUUUUUAUUACUCCGUCCGGAAAGAUCAUACAUUUUUGUCCUCAACAGAUAUAAUGCUGCUGUAUUUUUUAAACGACGUUCCUCAUCCGUCAUUGUUAUAAUGAAUGUUUAUGACAUCAUUACAGGGCACAAUAACCAGUUAAUGUCCUGGGCAGGAAUAUGACUAGGGCAAAUCUGUGGUUAUUGCAUAUGCAAAACCCAAUGUUUUCGUAACAAAUAUGUGAUAAAUCAUCCUAUUGGCUAUGGGUUUUAAAGUAUAUGGUUUACUAACAAUAACAAGGCACAACAUUUGUUUGAUUGUUGUUGAUCUUUGUUACCUUUGGUUAUACAUGUUCCUUGCUAGUCAAAACUGGAUGAUUUGUUAUAUUGUUGUAUGUUAUCAAGUGUUAUAUAAAUGCAAUGUUAUGAAAGUUUUAUUAUAUAUUGAAAGCCAGUUUUUCUGGAUUUUCUGGUUGUAUUAAUAUUCAGUCAAAUGAUAAAUUGAUAAAUUCUUUGAAUACUAUUUUAUUCUAAUUCUAACCCUAUUUAUGCUGUCCCUGACUGGUUUGAUUUUUUUUUUUAAUUCAUGUAGUUAAAUGUAAAAGAAAGGAUAUGGCAUACCAAUUCAUGACACAAAAUCACUCUACAUGCGCAUGAAGAAAAAAAAAAGCAUAAGCAAAGGAACAGAGCUCUUCUUACUGUUCUUUAUCUCAGUCACAUUGAAUCAAAUACUCUCACCUCACUGUUAGAACAAGACAGACCCUAGCCAGUCUCAAUUUGCCAUGAAUAAGAUGACAAUGUCUACUAGAAAAAACACAAUAAUUUUGCAGAUCCUUUAAAAAGAAUGCCAACAUUUUGUAAAAAAAUCAGUAGAGAAACAAAUUCCACUACCAUAUCUUGUGUGAUAUGAUGUAUCUCAACUCUGGACACAUUUUAAAUAUCUAAAGCCUUCUAUUUAAAAAUUGAUUGCCUGAAGUUGAGAAAUAUAGUAUCACACAAAAUGCAGUGGUAGAAAUGUAUAUACCUGUAUAUGUGGGCCCUGCUGAUCAUCCUAACAAAUACAUGUAUAUGUAUAUUAUUAUUUACAUGUAUUUAAUAACGCUUAAUGAUCAUUGUUAUAUGUACAGUCAGUAGUUAUGUACUCCACAUGUUUAUGUAUCCAUCUGAUUUCAGUAGUUAUUUUUAUGCCCAUCCGUACGUCCAUACAUAUGUCCCAAAAUUGGUUUCCGUUCUCUAACUUUAGUUUGCCACAACCAAAUGUUAUGAGACUUACACAGAAUACUUAUUACCACAAAACAAAUAUCAAGUUCGAAUUUGGGUGACGUCACUUUUACUGUUCUCAAGUUAUGCCCCUUUAUAAUGUUAUAUGCAAGCGGGGGCAUCAUCUGUGUCCCACGGACACAUUCUCCAUUUAUUUUGUUUCUACGUUUUCUAUCUGUUUACUGUCUAAUAAUGACAUAUGUUAGCUUUAAGGAAAUUUUCAUCCCUUAUAACUCGGGGGAAAUGAAAACUCCUGUGGAAAUUCCUUCUGUCCAUUUGUCCUUCCAUAUGUGCACCCUACAUUAUUUAAUUUUAGAUUUAAUGGUAUAAAAUUUAUAGGUUUCUAUUAACCAAAAAACAAUUUCUCUGUUGUAAAAUAUAGGCUAAUUGAUUCACAAAUGAGUUGGGAAAUAAUUUUAAGAAAUUGUGUUUAAAACUAAUAUUGCUUUUAUUGCUUGUAGUUUAAAAGUGUUAUUUACCUAGCAUGCCUAGUGCCUUAUAUUGUUAUUGUGAUGUUUUUUUAAAACUUUGAUACCAAAACUCAGCAGAUUUUAUAAUUAAGAAAGAUAUUUAUUCUAUAAUUUAUAGAAUAAUAUUUAGAUUGUGUAAUUAUAUCAUAUCCAUCUCCAUGACAACACUUUUUGUAGCCAUGGUAUUUUAAGUGAUAGAAAAUUGUAAGAUGUGAUCGUCAUUUAUAAGCAAAAGUCCAGUAUCUGGUGUAAUGGACAAGAUUUAUAAAAAUAAUAUGCAAUUCUUUUAUAUUGACAUUCUAAUGUAUAGUUAAAUUAUCAGCAAUUGUUGGUUCACAUGGUAAAUUUUCUUAAUAUUUAUUUAAGACCAUUUACCAUUCAAAACAGCUGUAGAAAUUUUAUGUGAAGGAUGAUGACCAUCUUGAUUCUCAUAAGUUAUGACACUAGCCUGUCAACACUUAGGUUGUGAAUUCAAAUCCCACAUGUAGCAGAUGUGUUCAGCUCCAUUCUUAAUUGACGAGGAUUGUCAGUUUUCCUACGGAUAGUCGGGGAUUUACUCCAAUUGUGCUGAAAGUGGUGUAAAACACCAAUGAAUAAAUCAAUUAAUUAUAGUUAUGAAUAAAGAUCACAUUCAAUAUUGUAUGUAUUCAUCAUCUAUGACGUUUAAACAAAGCACCCACCUAGAGUUUGUGUUGUCCACCUAGCCCCCAUGUCUUUCAACACACCAAACAUUCCUUCCGUUGUUUAGAUAUAUUAUUAUGUUGAUAGCGACAUUUAAAUUUGUACACCAAAUUGUUUAUUUUUGAUAAUGUCUUUGUACACCCUUUAAAGUUUGUUAAUUGUUGAAUAUCAAUAAAUUUUAUUGUAAAACAG